GGUCGGAGUGAGAGUCUUUCACUCCUACCUCCAGAGUACAAACUGUGUGAAUUGUGCUUAGAGUAGGAUUCUUGAUAUUUACUCAGCAUGUCCACUUACAGCUUGAAGCAAAUAACCUCUUCGGGCUUAGGUAAUUUUAGUGGUCCCUCAGCCAGACGAGCUGUUGGUUUCUUCGGGACUCCGAGUGUCCAUGGGGGAUCUGGUGGCAGGGAUAUCUCUGUCUCUACUGCUCGAUUUGUCUCUUCUGGGUUCGGAGGUGGCUUGGGUGCUGGAUAUGAUGGGGGGUCAUACAGUAGCUUUAGUGGUGGCUUUGGUGGUGGCGAUGGCCUCCUUUCUGGAAACGAAAAGACAACUAUGCAGAACCUGAAUGACCGUCUGGCAUCCUACCUCGACAAAGUACGUGCUCUGGAGGAGGCAAAUUCUGACCUAGAAAUUAAAAUCCGAGACUGGUACCAGAAACAAGGACCAGGGCCAGCCCAUGACUACAGCUUAUAUUACAAAACUAUUGAAGAUCUUCGAGACAAGAUUCUUGCUGCCACAGUUGACAACUCUAAGGUUAUCCUGCAGAUUGAUAAUGCCAGACUGGCUGCUGAUGACUUCAAAACCAAGUUUGAGACAGAGAUGGCCCUGCGCAUGAGUGUUGAGGCUGACAUCAAUGGCCUCCGUAGAGUUCUGGAUGAACUGACCCUGGCCAGAGCUGACCUGGAGAUGCAGAUCGAAAACUUGAAGGAGGAGCUGUCUUUCCUAAAGAAGAAUCAUGAGGAGGAAAUGAAUGCCCUGGGUGGGCAAACAGGAGGCCAAGUCAGUGUUGAGGUUGAUGCUGCACCAGGUAUUGAUCUGUCCAAGAUCCUGACUGACAUGAGAGACCAGUAUGAAGUCAUGGCCGAGAAGAACAGGAAGGAUGCUGAAACUUGGUUCAACAACAAGACUGAAGAACUGAACCGAGAAGUGGCUGUCAACACUGAACAGCUGCAGACCAGCAAGACUGAAAUCACAGAUCUGAGACGCACCCUGCAGGGCCUGGAGAUAGAGCUUCAAUCCCAGCUUAGCAUGAAAGCUGGCUUGGAAGGCACCUUGGCAGACACAGAGAACCGCUAUGGUGCCCAGCUAGCACAGAUACAGCAGCGUAUUGGCAACAUUGAGGCACAGCUCACUGACCUUCGAGCUGACAUGGAGCGGCAGAAUAGUGAAUACAGGAUGCUCAUGGACAUCAAGACCCAUCUGGAACAGGAGAUUGCCACUUACCGCCAACUGCUGGAAGGCCAAGGCUCCUAGAUGUUUGGGAACCUUUAUGGAACUACUGGCUCUCAAAGCAGCAGCAAAGGAGGCAUGGUGGUGGAUGGAAAUAACUACAGAAGACACACAGACUAUCUUACUCUACAAGAAUAAAAACACUAGACAAGCAGGAAUUGGUACAGAGGGAUACCAUCACAAACAGACAGUAGUGCUUUGAGAUAUUCACUUCUAAGAAAUUCUAGACCACACAAUGUUCAAGGUAGAAUAGAGCCAUUAAUUUGUGACCUGGGCUAGUUAUUCAUAUAUUUCCAGUUCUCCUUUACUAUUAUUUUUGCUGUUUCUACUGUCUAAUAAAACCAUCUGAUUUAUGCAAACUUCA